UCCGGGUGCGCGAUAGUAAAAGAUCACUUGGAGGAAUUAUCGAGGAGCAGCGUUGGAGUUCGGUCGCUGGGUCAAGUAGCAUCCGCCCUCAGGCUGGUUUUGUCUUGUUUUAAUCAUAACUCUUGUUGUUGUUGUGAAACUUGAAGUCAGAAACUACACCGAGGCAGUGGCUUCUUUCAACAAGUUGGACAUAGGGAGAAGUUUACCCGGACCGCACUGGAGUCAGCUGAUCACUGUAGAACGAUGGCUACGCACAAGCGGAUCCUGGGCACCCCGAGGAACGGCCCCGCUCGGCGAAGCCUGUUCGGCCCGGUCGACCGGGAGCAGCUGCAGGUGGAGUACCAGACUGCGCUGCGGAAAGACCUGGAGGAGGCGUCGCGGCGCUGGGGCUUCGACUUCACCUCGGACAAGCCUUUGGAGAGCGGCGGUUUCCAGUGGGAGGGAGUCCCGGCUACCGAGGUGCCGCUGCUGUACCGGUCCUGUGUGUUCGGUCUGGGACAGAAGCGUCGGAGGCUGGCGGAGGCAACGCUGACCACCAAGAGAGGGAGGAUGGAGCCGCCGCAGAGUGAGAAGGAGAACAUCCCCGGUACGCCAGAGAGAUGCGAGCUCAACCUGGAGAACCUGGAGAAAACGCCAGAGAGGAGAGAGAGUUCAGGGGCGAAGAGGAAACAGACAAACCUCACAGAUUUCUACCAGACCAAGAGAAGAGUCGUUUGGAUGCCACGCAAAUCUGGCGAGUGAUGCGCCGAUAUUCCAGGAGAACUUCACAGACAGUACUGCACUCAGGAAUACCACGUUCUGCACAGACUCUGCACCCUCGCUCACCACGAGGUCUUGAACCCAGUGGAUCAUGUGGAAACAGAAGGGACCUCAGCCACACAAGAUUACUAUAAGAUUAAUUAGGGUACUGUAUUCACUCUGAGGGGGUUGGUGUUUUUCCCAGUUGUAGGAAAGGGGACAUUUGAGCUGAGAAGAUUAACGGUAAUCUCUCGAAAUCAGUGGAUUUCUACUCAUUUGGAUCAAGGGGGAAGCCAAAGUGUCAACUGACAUUUCCCACUGUACAUUCCACAGUCUUGUCUCGGUUUCAGGGGAAUUCUGCAUUUCUAGAAAUGCAGAGAUGUGAUGACUGAGCAUAUAUAUAUAUAUAUGUAUAUUUGUACACUUGAAAAGGAUGUUAUGUUGGUUAACAUCAUGUCAUAAUGAAAUUGAGUCGUCUGUCAGAACAGAAUGAUUGAAUAUGGUAGAAAAUGGUUGAAGCUCCUUUGCUCAAAUCCACAGUUGUUUUUUUCUACAAUGUUCUUUGUUUAUGAGUAUCACAUAGACCGCUGUACAAAAUCAUGUUGUUGUUUUUCUACCAUCAUGUACUCCGAGGAUAAUGCUUGAAGAAUUCCGAUAUACCUUACAUGCGGUUGCUUCGCUUGGAUUAGAAAUGACAGAAGUGCCAUCACGUCCUCUUCCAUCCACUGUACGUAUGUUUAUUUGAUUUUCAAAGCAGAUCCUGUCCAAGGAAGUGCCCAGUCCCAACUCUGACAUGUGUACAGCACCAGAUCAUGUCGGUUAGGAGUGUCGCACCAUGUCCUCAAAACACUAUUUAGAUAUAUUUGUCAAUAGUUUAAUACAGCACUGUUAAGUAGCAUAAUCAUAAAUACACACAGCAGUACUGCACAAACAUCAGAUAGGUGGUACGUCCACAGCUCCCAGUAUCAAACCACGUGUUUGAAGCUCCACAACGGACCAUCAGAAAAAAAGUGUUCUCAGACGCAGAUGUAUUAUUUACUGAGUUUAAGCUAUGUGCGUCAUUCUUCUCCAAUUUAACAGACAAAGUGUUAUCAUCUGCCUCAAAACAAACAGUAUGUUGUUGUUUUUUUCAUGACACUUAUUUAUGUCAAUGUUGGCAAAUCCUGCUGCUAUGGGUAAUCUGAGUGGGUGUCAAACAAGGUCACUGAGAUGCUAAUCCUUCUGAACCGACAGCUCUGACAUGUUUGCUGCAGAAAGAAAAACCAAGAAAAAAAAAAUGAAGCUAAGCAAAUAUGAGCAUUACCCCAAACAUUGAAUGCACUUCUGUUUAAAGACGCUGGUCCCACUUAUUUUUUUUGUGUUUAAAAGCUACAAAUGAAAAGAUCUAUCCGUAUUUAUUGUGAGAUACUAUAUGCCUUGAGUUAAUUUGGGUUUUUGUUAUAAUUUUUACGAGGACUCCAAAUUCAAAUAAAAUGUUCAAAGUACA